AUGUCGACCUCAUCGUUCAGAGUACAGGAACAUACAUUGCCAUGCUCGUAUAUCAGAGAAUAUCCACUGGCAACCGCAGAUAGUCAAGAAGACACACUUCACCUUGCUGUCAAGCAAUACACCCCGCUUGACAACUUGUCACCACGAAAGGGAGAUGUUACUAUAAUCGCUGCCCAUGCUAAUGGGUUUCCUAAGGUGAUUGGACUGUUCAUCUGCGUAAGGACCAGGCAGAGUACUGACGUGGCUUGCCACAGGNAACUGUACGAGCCGCUGUGGGAUGAACUGCAUACGAGAUUAAGAGCCAGUGGUAUCAAGAUCCGCAGUAUCUGGAUUGCAGAUGUAGCCCACCAAGGCCAGUCAAGUGUCCUCAACGAGAACAUAUUGGGAAACGAUCCAUCAUGGUUCGACCAUCCUCGGGACCUGUUCUUGAUGAUUAACAAGUUCCGGGAUCAGAUGCCGCAGCCACUGGUCGGUGUGGGACAUAGUAUGNGGGGAGCACACUUGACAGCUCUGUCGUUGAUGCAUCCUCGUCUACUGAGCACAUUGAUACUGAUCGAUCCUGUGAUUAUCCGUGAAAGUCACCUCAGUGCAUAUACCCUAGGUCGAAUGUCUGCUCGGCGAAGAGACAAGUGGCCAAGCCGAGCAGCAGCACGAAAAGCAUUCGAGAAAUCGCCCAUGUUCAAGUCAUGGGACAGACGUGUACUGGACCGCUGGAUGGAACAUGCUCUCCGAGACCUACCCACGAAGUUGUACCCAGAAGUUGCGAUAUCUUCCACACUGCCUGCAUUAAGUGCGGAUGUUUCUGGUAGCACCAUCUCCNCCGAAAGCAAGACAGAAGUACCAGUCACGCUCAAGACGACGAAACACCAAGAGGUCAUGACAUUCAUGCGAGGCAACUUUGUAACGCCUCUGAAUCCCGCUCCAGACUCUGCACCCAAUCCGUUGACACAUCCGGAUGUAAACAUUGCGCUGCCAAAUAUGACGCCCUUCUACCGACCUGAAAGUUUCCACAUCUUCAAGCUCCUGCCAUAUCUUCGACCUUCCGUCUUGUACGUUUUCGGCACAGACUCUGAUCUGUCGACAGCACAACAUAUAGCAGACAAGCUGGAAGUCACAGGAGCAGGGGCGGGCGGUAGUGGAGGUGUGGCGAAGGGGAGAGUCAAGGAAUUUACGAUGCAACGAGGUGGGCAUCUGAUGCCAAUGGAGCGGGUCGAGGAGACGGCGGAUCAAUGUAGCGGAUGGCUUUUGCAGGAGUUGAAGCGAUGGAAAGACGAGUACAUUCAGAUUGAGGCUCUUCGGGCAGCGACACCACGGGAGAAGAGGUCUCAGAUGUCUGAUGGAUUUGUUCAGGCUUUGAGCCAGCCCCAGGCAGGCCAUGCAAAGCCGAAGCUGUAG